GUUUUUCCUGGCGGGACUUUCAGUUUUCAUUCUUUGGAAAUGGUUCUGAGCUUAGUGUCUCGUAAAUUCGCUGUGUGUGUCGUUUUUCUAAAGUAGCCACAAAGUCUCACAGUAAGCAUGGCUGGGAAUACGGUGGAGUACACUAUAGGAGGAGUGAAAAUUCACUUCCCCUGCAAAGCCUAUCCCUCUCAACUUGCUAUGAUGAACUCGAUUGUUCGUGGCCUAAACCAUGGGCAGCACUGCUUGUUGGAGAGCCCUACUGGGAGCGGCAAGAGCUUAGCCCUGCUGUGCUCAGCCUUGGCAUGGCAGCAGGCACAGUAUAGUAAGUCUGACCAGAACGGUGGAAGCUCCUCAUGUGAUGUCAAAAAGCCAGAUGUCACCACUCCAUGUCAGUGUGCGUGUCACAGUCGAGUUUCUGACCCACACACUUCUUCGAGCAGCACAGCAUUCAAACCACCUGUGGUUGAUCUUACUGGUGAAGGUGAUGCUGCUCAAGCCAUCACUUCUCCAAAAGAAGAGGACAGUGCGUGCAAGAGAUCCACUCUGUCUUCCAGGCUCUCUCAGAAGCUUCAGGCUUCCCUCACUACAGAGAGAGGACAAGACGAUGAUGAUUUCAAGGCUGAUAGGAAGCGCAUGCGGGCACCUGCUGCUGACCAGAAGAGCAGUAAGCGAAGGUGUCUGGAGAAAGGUGUGGUUUACAUUGAUAAUGAUGAUGAUGCAGACCUGGAGAGGCCUGUGGCUGGAGCUCAGAGCUGGACUGUGGAGCUAGGCAGUCAAGCCAGGGCUGAGGGUAGCCUGCCACCUGCAGAGUGCUAUUCUCCUGUGUCUUGUUCUCUGUGUCCCUGUGCCAGCCUCAGAGAAGGACAGAAGGCAGGUGAAAAGGCCAAGGACAAAGACAAGGAGGUCAAUGGGAAGAAAACUAUACCCAAGAUCUUUUUUGGUACACGCACUCAUAAACAGAUCACCCAGAUUGCUCGAGAGCUGAAGAGGACGCUCUACUCCACUGUCCCCAUGACUAUCCUGUCUAGCCGAGACCAUACCUGUGUGCACCCUGAGGUGAUGCCCCAUGCCAACCGCAACGAGCGCUGCAAGGAACUGCUAGAGGCCAAGAACGGCCUAUCCUGUCGGUUCUACCAUAAUGUGCAUAAAAUGCGGGAGCAGAGCAGCCUGCAGUGGGUGCAUGGGCUACACCAGGCCUGGGACAUAGAGGAGCUGGUGCGUCUAGGCAGUAAGCUGCGCUCUUGUGCCUACUAUGCAGCUCGAGAGCUCAUGCAGGAAGCUUGCAUAGUCUUCUGCCCUUACAACUACUUACUUGACCCCCUUAUCCGGGAGAGUAUGGAAAUCAACCUGAAAGGGCAGAUCGUGGUGCUAGAUGAGGCCCAUAACAUUGAAGACUGUGCCCGAGAGAGUGCCAGCUUUACCCUCAACCAAACCCAGCUGUUGCAAGCCCGUGAAGAGAUUGAGGGCCUAGUGACAUACAACAUCCGUCGUAGCCACCAUGAGCCUCUCCUGGCCUUCUGCUGCAGUCUACUCAAUUGGAUACAGGAGAGCUCCAGUGCCUUGCAAGAAAGGGAUUAUGAGUCUGCAUGUAAGGUGUGGACAGGGAAGGAAGUUCUGGGCAUUUUCCAUGGCCUUGGCAUCACAGCUGACACUUUUUCAGCACUGCAGAAGCAUCUAGAGGUGGUCCUGGAGAAGGAGGAGCGAAUUGGUCUGGUGAACGGGAGAGAGGACACAGUCCAGAUUCCCACCAUCAGCUCCAGCACUCAAUCUGUGCUCAAGAGCCUCUUCAUGGUGCUGGAAUUCCUUUUCCGACAAAACUGCAGGUUUGCGGAUGACUACCGUGUAGCCCUGCAGCAGAGCUAUAUCUGGACCACCCAGCAGGACGCUCCUGACGCCCAGGGCUUUUUUGCUCGGCCCAAUCGCCGUCGCCAGAGUACCCGCACUAAAACCCUGGUGCACACACUCAGCUUCUGGUGCCUUAACCCUGCUGUGGCGUUCUCUGACCUGAGUGAUUCAGUACGCAGUAUAGUGCUCACAUCUGGCACCCUGUCCCCCAUGGGCUCCUUCUCCUCAGAACUGGGCAUUAAAUUCUCCAUUCAGCUGGAGGCCAGCCAUGUCAUCAGCAAGUCGCAGGUGUGGGUUGGCACAGUUGGAAUUGGUCCCCAGGGCCGCAGGCUGUGUGCCACGUUUCAGCACACUGAGACAUUUGCCUUCCAGGAUGAAGUGGGUGCACUGCUGCUGAAAGUGUGCCAGACAGUGAGCCGAGGAGUGCUGUGCUUCCUGCCAUCCUACAAGAUGCUGGAUAAGCUGAGGGACCGCUGGAUGAACACAGGCUUGUGGGAGAAACUGGAGGAGCGGAAGACUGUGAUUGCAGAACCACGUGGAGGAGCAAAGAGCGACUUUGAUGAGCUGCUGCAAACGUACUAUGAGGCCAUCAGACAAAGUGGACCCAGAGAUGGAGCACUGCUGAUUGCAGUAUGCAGAGGGAAAGUGAGUGAGGGACUGGACUUCACUGAUGACAAUGCUAGAGCGGUGGUCACUAUUGGCAUUCCCUUCCCCAACAUCAAAGACCUUCAGGUUGAGCUGAAGAUGAAAUACAAUGAUCAGCAUUCCAAAUCCAGAGGGCUUCUUCCUGGAGGUCGCUGGUAUGAGAUCCAGGCCUAUCGGGCUCUAAACCAGGCAUUGGGAAGGUGUAUUCGACAUAAAAAUGACUGGGGGGCACUUAUUCUAGUGGAUGAUCGUUUUAGGGCUAACCCCAACAAGUACAUCACAGGCCUGUCAAAGUGGGUGCGUCAGCUGGUGAAGCAUCAUGAUAACUUCACUAGCGCCAUACAGUCCCUGGUGUCCUUCUCCCAGAUUCAACAGGGGGCAGUGCAGACCCACAGUGAGGAGCUUGGUCAGAUGGCCCCUGCGUCUUCCAGUGUCUCAGGGAGUGACAUGUCAACUCUCUUGUCCUCUGCUGACCCCCCGAUUUUGCCCCUGAGUUCUGAGGUUCAGGUUGUCGUCCCUUCUGUCAACAGUACUUCCGAACCAGGUGACCAGAAGUUUCCACAGCCUCCAUCUGAACCACCAGCUCCAGAGUGUAAUGGCUAUAAAAAUUUGCCCACGUCACGAUCCUCACUCAACCUGUUCACCUCCACUCCUGUCAGUGCCCGAUUGAGAACUCCUCUUUUUAAAUGUAAAGACUCCAAAAAGGACACUGGCCAGAGUGGAAAUCCAGACAUCAGUAAGAAGCAUACCAUUCCAGCGCUUGAGGAGGAACAGACAGCUCAGACAGGGGGUCUUACCAAGAGUGGACUGCAUGAGAUUCCACCUGAUCCUCCUCCUCAACAACUAGACCUGUCUCCUCUAAAGACAGCCCUGGACUGUACAUCCAGCAAGGAUAUUAGUGUAGUAGAGCCGGAAGACAGGGAAGAGCAGGACCAGAGUAUCUUCUACACCCCAGAGCUGUUUGAAGAGGAGGAGGAGGAUGAAGAGGCUACCACAGUAGAAGCGUAGAAGAGCCAAAGAUUUCACUUAAAAUGGAACAGAUCAAUCCUUCAUCUAAUGGGCCACUUUCUGAGGACUUGUUUGACUGUGAAAAGAGCCAAAAGAGAACCUGCACUGGCUCUACUGAUCUUAGGGAAGGCACUGAGUUUCCUAUCAGAGACAGUGUGCUAUCUCAGAGUGUGGCAGAGCAGGCAGGGAUGAGCUGUAGCACAGGCAGUGAGGACAGGACCACAAGGCAACAACAACAUAACAGCAAGUCACAUAGGCUCUCCAGGUCUAGACAGAAAGCCCCAAGCAAACCAGUAGGAGCAGGUAAAAUCACUGCACACUUCAUGUGCCUCCCUAAGGACAGCCAGCCAGAUGUCAUCACGGUUGAUGAUUGAUUUGAAAAGUUGCAAUCUGAAUAAUGGUUAAAAAAAAAAAAACGUUUUAGGAAAUAAAUUCUGAAUAAGGCUGCGCAUUAUGGACAUUAAACCAUAUUGCAGUUUUAUCUGCAUGGUUACGAUUCAUGUGUCUCGCGAAAUAUUUAAAAAAAAAUAAUAAUUGAGAACCUUUGAUGUGACACAGGCCUGUGUUAUUUUGAUCAAAAUGAUAUUUGUUGGAUCAUUUGAAAGCCUAGAUUCGUCAGAUCACCCCACAGAACUCUCAUCAGAACAUCUGUAGGGGGUCAGCACACAAUGAAACAUUUAGAGAUUGGUUAGAGUGCUUAUUUUCACUUUACAGCCACCUCCGAACAAAGUUUUACAGGCUUUGAUAUUUCCAAACGAGCACUCGAAUACUCAUUCUCAAAAUCACCCUUAGAAUUCACAAUAUUUAAAGUAUUUUUUUAUAGUCACCUUUCUGACAAAACAAAUAUGCUUACAUUUUAAUCAGUGUUUCAGUCUAACCGACUGCGCUAAACGUGAGUCUGUCAAAACUUUUCCUACAUUUUUCCUACUUUUUGCAUGAGUGUAAACACUAUAGAGAUCAAGUCAAAUCGCACACGCCUACUCUCUUUAGUUCUCUAAACUAGAGUUGAAGUAAUAUU